AGAAAAGAAAAGAAAAAAACAAAACUGAAGGAGAAAGAGAGGAGGAAGAGGGGCGCUGCUCGAGUGCGGUGCUGGCACGCUAUCAUAAUUCCUAAGCACCCUCCUUCACCGGCCGCCCAAAGCACGCCCGAAUAAAUGCGCUCUUACCUUUUUCAGGUUUUUUUCCUCCUACUCCGUCCUCUGCCUCCCCAGUUCUUCCCCCGCUCUCUCUCGCUCUCCUCUUCACUUUCCCUGCUCGCUCUCCCCGUCAAUUGAUCCGAGCCACCUUUGAAUUCAUUCACUAUUCUUUCUUCUCCUCCAUCGUUUUCGUCGGAGCUAGGGCUUUUUUGUCGAUCUCUUCCCUUUUUUUCUUCUCUCACGGUUCCUGAAUCCAGCAAGUCAAAAAAGAACAGCGAAAGUGGAAAACAAGAAUAAUAUUAAUUGUAACAAUAGUAAUAAUUAGGGCUUGGAGCCGGUUGAUCGCCCUCCGGUCCGGGGCUUUUCCGCCACCGAAUCCUUCUACACUCGUCAAGGCAUCAGACUUCCUCUCCGAUCGGGGCAGGAGGCGGCGGGUUUUUGUUGGCCACGACAGGUCAUCAUCAUCUAUGAUCUGGAGGUUGGCCUAAUAGCAGUAGUAGGAGAGAUGUUCGUGAGUCGGCCGGCGGUGCAUCCGGUGGAGGCUCCCCCUCUCACGGAUGCUGCCGAGAAUCCGCCGAGGGUGAUGAUGAAGGACAUCCAGGGCAUGCCCGGGACGCCCGGAGGCCUCGUCCUGCGCCUCUGCCAAUUCAUAUUCGCGGCCGCCGCUCUCUCCGUCAUGACCUCCACCAGCGAUUUCACCUCCGUCACUGCCUUCUGCUAUUUGGUAGCAGCAGUCAUCUUACAGAGCUUGUGGAGCCUUUCACUAGCCUUCGUGGAUAUCUAUGCCCUUCUAGUAAAACGCUGCUUGCGGAAUUCCCGAGCUGUCUGUUUGUUUACCAUUGGAGAUGGGCGGUCUUCCCCCAUAUGUGUAGAUGGACGUGAAAUCUGUAUUAUGUACACACUCACAUUUGCAGCAGCUUGUGCAUCCGCGGGCAUCACAGUUUUGAUCAGCAAUGAUCUGAACAUCUGUUCAGAAAAUCACUGCACAAGCUUUCAGACUGCUACAGCCAUGGCCUUCAUCAGCUGGUUUGCACUCUCCCCAUCAUUUCUCCUAAACUUUUGGUCAUUGGCGUCCAGGUGAAAAGCCAGAACAUCCACUUCUCUCAACUGUAUGUGUGCUGGUGUGAUCUUGGAAUUUCUUCUUUUCUAAUUUUCGUCUACAGUAACAUAUCCAUUGCUGUCAUUUGUAUAUCAUGAUGGUCAGUGUUUAAGAAUUGUGCAUGUUUACUUAUUGGCAUCGCAAAGUGAAACCUUGCAAUUGUUCCAUGAUAAUGGAAUGCUGGCAUGCUGUCCAUGUGAAUCAUUGGCUGUACCAAAA